UUACCCCCCGUGGAAGAGGAGAGCCGGAGCGGUGAUGCAGACGGAGAGAGACGGGGUGAAAGGCUAUAUGCGGCCAGCUGAAGGGAGCUGAGUGACUGGCGGAGGAGGAGGCCAGAGAGCUGAGCUAGGGGAGCCACGGAUACCGCUAACCUGAUCCAUCUCCCGGAGACUGAUGAACGGAGGCAGGCGGGCGAUGAGCUGUUGUGACGGAAAUAACCCCAGCUGUAACCAGAGCUGCUAAUGAUGCUGCAGUGCAAGUUUAUAUACGCCCAAGAAAGUAUUAUUCAUGCGAGCCACAGGAGAGGGAACUUCAGAGGAGUCAGACGUCCGCAUAAUGAGCUGCUCAGUCCCAGCUGCUGUACUGCAUAGAUCCUGCUUCUAUCCUUACAUGCUGUAAUAUGGAUCCAUGUGCCCUGGACAAGCUCCUACGCAUCCUACCUGCGCCGGGCAUGGUGGACUAUCACUUCAUUUGCAGGACGGGAGAAUAAGAUGAAAAGAUUUUCAGGCAUGUCCAACAAAUUAAAGAAGAAAUGGUAAAAUGAAGAUGUCAGCAUCCAUUAGCAGAUAGCAGCAUUUGUGGUUUUAAGACGGGAGCCACCAUCGGAUCCACCGAGGGAGAGGACUGAAAACAGUGCUCACGUUGACAAAGUUUGUAUCUCACAACUGUACUCUGUUGUCUGUUACACAGGGGAAUGAAAAUAUUCACAAUAUAAGAGGCUGUAAUAAUAAAUGAAUAAUGUCCUUCAACUUGUCAUUGAAUCACACCAAACUGCCACCUCAACCCAACCAUACAGCCAUAGACUACUCUUUGUUCACCAUACCAAUCACGCUGUGCCUACUCUCGGCCCUUAUCUCCCUCAUUGGUCUCGUUGGAAACGGAAUCACAAUUUAUCUCUUCUGCUUUCGUUUAAGACUGAACAAGUCCACCGUCUACAUUCUCAACCUAGCUAUAGCUGACUUCAUCUUUGUCCUCGGAUGCUGUACGGUCUCAUUCUACUUGCUGUGCUUGUACAAUGGAAUUUAUUCAUCAACUCAGAGCGAUACGAUCUUCAGCGGGUUUGGGGAAUUGCUGAAUGGUUUUGGGUUCAACUCUAGUCUCUUCUUCCUUGGCACCCUCAGCAUGGAGAGGUGUCUGUUGGUUUGCUUUCCUAUUUGGUACAAAUGCCGAAGACCAGAGAACUUGUCAGCCAUCAUGUGUGCCAUAAUAUGGGUCUUGUCCCUGCUGAUUACCAUACUGGAGAGGUUUAUCCUUCCUGAGCACCGAUCGACUGUUUACAUAGUCACGUCGGUAGUGUUCCUCAUGCUGGUUCUUCUCAUGGUGGGUUCCAGCGUGGUCCUUUGCAUUGAGAUCCAGAAGAGCUCAGAACAGUGUCGCCCCUUGAAACUCUACAUUGUUGUUGUAGCCACUGUCAUCUGUUUCCUCAUUUCACUGGUCCCGGCACGGGUUGUGAGGUUAUUGUAUUUCUUUGCUAUCAUCCCCACAGGACGCACUAGAGCCAUCUCCUAUAUUGUGAUCUUCUUGUGCUCGGCCUUGAAUUCUACUAUCAAUCCAUAUAUCUAUAUAGUUGUGGGUAGGUGGGAAAAGGGGGUUUCUACCGUGCAGGCCUUUGAGUCAGUCUUCAAAGAGGGGAACAAGAAGCCAUCUGAGGGAGACGACACCACGGAAAGCCAACUGACUGACAGUGACCAUAAACUAGACGCCUUGGAAAUCCAUUUCUCCUAGCUGUUACAUUUUGCUUUCAAUACAGUUACAGUGUUGUCAUUUCUCUUUGGUAAUGCACUUAUUAAAUCUAAAUGUAAACUAUGA